AACUUGUACAUUCACGGAAUUUACGGUGGCCGGUUAGUGCGUGAGACUAGUGCAAGCGAAUGCCAAUGAGCAAGGACGUACUGUACAAGGGCAAAGAUGCAACCCGUCGAGUCUCUCCUCCACAGUGGUUAUUUCCACCCAACACUCAGAUACUGGCAGACCUGUGCCUCAGACUUGAGACCUGAGAACCUCAUCUACCCCAUCUUCAUCACUGACAGCCCUGAUGCUGUGGAGCCCAUCGCUAGUCUACCUGGCCAGGCCAGAUAUGGAGUGAAUAAACUGGAGGGCAUGCUACGCCCCCUUGUGGAAAAGGGCUUGAAGUGUGUGCUGAUUUUCGGAGUGCCUGCAAAAAUAGCUAAGGAUGAGAGAGGUUCGGGUGCAGACACAGACAAUACUCCGGCUGUGUUGGCUGUGAAGAAGAUAAAGUCUCUUUUCCCUGACCUGCUGAUGGCCUGUGACGUCUGCCUCUGUCCCUACACCUCACAUGGACACUGUGGAAUCUUGCGGGAGGAUGGCACUCUGGACAAUGGUGCCAGUUGCCAACGUUUGGCAGAAGUGGCAUUGGCCUAUGCCCGCGCUGGCUGUCACAUCAUUGCACCCUCUGAUAUGAUGGAUGGGCGAGUGGGAGCUAUCAAACAUUCACUGAUGUCCAAUGACAUGGGCAACAAGGUGUCAGUGCUGAGUUACAGUGCCAAGUUUGCUUCCUGUUACUAUGGUCCCUUCAGAGAUGCAGCACAGUCCAAGCCAGCAUUUGGAGAUAGGCGCUGUUAUCAGCUGCCCUCCGGUGCAAGGGGCCUGGCACUACGAGCUGUGGACAGAGAUGUCAAGGAGGGAGCAGAUAUGCUGAUGGUGAAGCCAGGACUGCCCUAUCUGGACAUAGUGAGGGAGGUCAAAGACAAGCACCCCACUCACCCACUGGCAGUGUAUAAUGUGUCAGGGGAGUUUGCCAUGCUGUGGCAUGGGGCCCAGGCUGGAGCUUUUGACCUGCGCACCGCUGUACUGGAGUCUAUGACUGCCUUCCGCAGGGCAGGUGCUGACAUCAUCAUCACCUACUACACACCUCAACUGCUCACCUGGCUGAAAGAGUAACAGACAGAAGGAUGGACAUAAAGAAUGAUCAUGUGACAAACUCCUUUUUACCUAGCUGUGCAAGGCUGACCUACACUGACAAAUGGUGUCUAUUCAAACUGACAUGUGAGAACAGGCAAUCUAUCUUCAUACAUUAAUUUACAGUUUAUUUUUCUAUAUAACAUUGUUACGUCAUAUUGUUUUUUUUCUUUGUGUGCAGCAACCACUAAUUCUCACCAAAGGUGGGAGUCUUGGAGCUAGUAGACACAUUUGUAAAGCGUAUCAAAUUCGCUUUGAAGGGUUUGUCUGUUAGAUGAAAGAAUGGUAAUAUAAAAUAUGUUGAUUGUGA